UGUCUUCUGGCUGCAUGUAGAGUCUGUUGGCGUCCUGUUAGCUUCAGAUCACUAACAAACCUUCGCGGAGCCGUAAAAAAACCCAGUAACAAACAUGCCGAAAGCAAAGAAGUCAAGCAAGAGACAGAAAUUCGACUAUAACAGAGACCGGAAGAAGCUGAAGAAGAAGUUUAUUAAGAAAUACAACCCGAGGAUCGAACAUCCACAGAUUCGAAAUGCUUGGGACGACAACAAGUCGAUGGCCAGGAACCUGCAGGAGAUGGGUUUGGCCUUUGAUCCCAAUCGAGCGCUGCCCGUGAAGAAACAGGGGCUCCUCGGUGAAGGCGCAGAAUCCAGAGCCGCCGGCGUCGUCACCAAACCCUACAUCCUCCACCAUCUGCAGGAGGAGGCGAGUCUGCCGGAGAAAGACACCAAGACCCUGUCCUCGGACCUGAUCGAGUUCGUCCAGCACAUGAUCCGGGAGCACAAAGACGACUACAAGGCGAUGGCCAGAGACGAGAAGAACUACUACCAGGACACGCCCAAGCAGAUCAAGAGGAAGAUCAACGAGUACAAGCGCUGCCACCCGCGGCAUUUCGACGACUUCGUGAACUCGCUCGGCGCCACGCAGCCGAUGACGCAGUAGAAGAACCGUCAGCUUCGUUAACGCAAAAAACAAACUGGAGGCUUAAGCGCACAUUCAGACUGACGGACACACGGAUGAUAAAACCCAACGGUGACGUCCAGGAGCCCCUUUUAAGAUUUUAUUUAGAUUUUCUUUUUUUACUGUGUUGUUUCAGGAAUGUUCGCCGCCAGCUGUGUGUUUAACUCUGAAGGUCAAUAUGUUGUUUAAAUGCAUCAUUUAAACACCGUGAAGCUCGACCAGGAGGCGAGUUUUUCCCCCCCGCAGGAUGAAGAACGUCUCGGGGUGUCAAGAUCGACAUGAAGGUCACACUGUUGGACGGUUUAAGAGCAAAACAUCCGAUUAAAUCAUCAGAAGUGAGAGUUUCUGUCGUUGUUUUUAGACUUUCACUGAAGUGUCUCGUGUGAUCCGUCAUAAACAUCUGGAUGUUUAUGUUGCAUCUGCACCCAAAACAACUCGGUUCUUCCUUUUGUUUGUGCUGCAUCUCUGCACCAAGUUUAAUUACCGUCACAAUCGUAGUUUUCUUUUUUUUUUUUGCGUAAUCCUGCCGACAGUCAAACAAACGAGGUAGAAAACAAAGCAAACAAAGCAGAACCUCGUCAACAAAAAGGACUGCAGUCAGAAUAAAGGAUGUGCACAAGGAUGCGAUCAAAGGUUCCCAAAGCUGCCAGGAUUUAUGAUGAGAAACACUUUUUAUCCAGAAGUCAAAGGGUUUAGAGAUUGUGCCACAAAAACAGAAGGUAAACGAGAAACAACAUGCGUAGUUCAGGUUGUAGACGUUUGGGUCACUGAGUCAUCUGCUUUUCAGGACUUCUGGAAAUAAUCACAAAUAUUUAUGUCUUACAUCUAUUAAAAAAAAAAGUUUGAGCUGAUUUUCUGAAGACGAAUUGGAUGUAAAGUAGAAGAAAGUUCGUGUCCAGAGUCCAGCCUGCAGGACUCUUAAGACUUGAAAGAAUCGGAGCACAGUAGUUGCGUAUGAAGCAGAUCAUUCCUUUAAACCGUGAUGUUUUUCAGCCCCGACUGUUUGAAGAGAAACUCUGUCAUGGCUGCAGCGUAGAGAAUCCCGUCUAUAACCCGGUUUGUGUCCAUGAACUCCUGGUUUUACGCCUCAAUAAACGUGUUGUUAUGAGAUAAAAA